UCAACCCGCACAGUGCGGUAGACGGGUGACAUCAUCGACAUACGUUUCUAUAUUUCAGUAACACAGAAGGAUAUUUAUGAUUAAAGCUAUUUAAAAUACAUUAGAUCAAUAACAGUAGUGUGAUGUAGAGACCGCAGUGCUCGUCCUCUGAGAAUGGACUGACAGUGAAGGAGGAGACUUCUUGUGUUCAGCAGGAAAACUGGGAGAACCCUUAAAAGUGGCUUUUCUUGUGAAACACCUUGAUUCUUGUUACCUUGACCUAACCCUAACCCUAAGUGUAUUAUUUAUCCCUCUUAUUGACAACCAUCCGCUCCAGAAGGGGGCGCUAUAGUGUGCCUGUAAGAGCUCUGUAACGCGCAGAAGCAGUACUGCGUGCUCGGAGGGACAGUCCGUCUGAAGUUCCUGAACGAGUGUGUGAGAGUGUGUGUGAGAGUGUGUGUGUGACUGUGUGUGUGUGCAGACAUGUCGGGCGGCAGGCUGAUGAGAGCCAUCAGAGUGAGUGAGUUCGGAGCUCCGGCAGUGCUCAGACUGUGCUCCGAUGUGACUGUCCCUCAGCCGGGACACAGACAGGUGUUGAUCCGUGUCCAUGCCUGUGGAGUGAACCCUGUGGAAACUUACAUCCGGGCCGGGACAUACGCCCGUAAGCCCACCCUGCCAUACACGCCGGGCACAGACGUAGCUGGAGUGGUGGAAACUGUUGGAGAAGGAGUCUCUGCAGUAAAGACAGGAGACCGUGUGUUCACCACAGCCACAGUCAGUGGAGGUUACGCAGAGUACGCCGUAGCGGCUGACGACUGCGUCCACAAGCUGCCCGACGCUUUAGACUUCACCCAGGGUGCGGCCAUAGGCGUCCCAUACUUCACUGCCUACAGAGCUCUGGUUCACAAAGCCCACGCCAAGCCUGGAGAGACCGCCCUCAUCCAUGGAGCCAGUGGAGGGGUCGGUGUGGCGGCGUGCCAGUUGUCCCGUGCUCUGGGGCUCAGGGUCUUAGGGACAGCAGGAACACCAGAGGGGAUGAAGCUGGUUCUCAACAACGGAGCUCAUCUGGCCUUUAAUCACAGAGAAGAGGGCCACACAGACAAAAUCAUGGAAGCCACAGAGGGCAGAGGCAUAGAUGUGAUAGUGGAGAUGCUGUCAAAUGUCAACCUCAGUAAAGACCUCCAGAUGUUGGGCUAUGGAGGACGUGUUACGAUCGUAGGCUCCAGAGGCCCCAUAGAGAUCAACCCCAGAGACACCAUGGCUAAAGAGAGCAGCAUCAUGGGAGUGGCCCUUUUCUUCGCCACACCGGAGGAGCAGAGGGAGUGUGCAGCGCAGCUCUACGCAGGGAUGGAAGCUGGUUGGCUGCGUCCAGUCGUUGGUUCCCAGUAUCCGCUCGACAAGGCCGCCCAGGCCCACCAUGACAUCAUUGAGUCUCCCGGGGCUGCUGGGAAGAUGGUCCUGACCAUGUGAUGAUGUGUUCAUACACAGGCAGGUCAAAGGUCACCAUGGCGUUAGGGUUUUGGCUGUUCAUAAAGGGGACUCUUGAGGAGCAAACAGUGAUUAAUGUGGUGACAUUGAGGUUUAAAUAAUUUAAGGUUUGAAGGUUUUUACUAGAAUACUAAUGCGCUUCGACACAAACUCAUUCAUCACUCAUCACUGCUAAUAUGCAAAACAUGGAUAUAAAGGUUAGAAGGUUGAAGUUACUGAGGUCUGCUGUGAUUUGUCAAACUGAAGAUGAUGACAUGGUUAAUUUCAACCUAACUGCUAAAUCAUGCUAACAAGGAAUAAUGUGUGACUCUGCGUGGUCCAAUCACUUGAGCUGUACAUGACUAGCUAGUCCACUGGUUCCCAACCUUUUUCCUCAAAGCUUUCUAUACAUCUAUACAGCUUCUUUUUUGACAAAGUCUAUGUUUUCUUCUUAUUGUUCUUUUAGAUCUUACUAUAUAUAUUCUUAAAAUCACAAAGGUCUCGCGACCCUCCGGGACCCCCAGGUUGGGAACCAGUAAACUAGGCUUCAAAAAAGUACCUCUGAUGCCUUUGGCUGCCUUUGUCGACUAUGUAUGUGACCUUUACCAUGUUCAUUAUAGCAGUUCCUUAAGAGUCUCCCUUAGCUUAACUGUGGUUUGGGCUUUAAAGAGGUUGUGGGGGCUGUCUAUCUUCAGCUGUCACUAUCAAUUAAAGGCAAUAAAAGCCCCCAAAAAACAUAAAAUUAAUUUAAUCUUGUUGCAUUAAUUGAUUCAUUAUUAUUGUUUUGGCCACUCGGGGGCAGCAGAACUUGCUGAAAACAACAUUAACAUAUUAUCACCUUAUAAAGUUGAUAUGUUAGCAAAUAAUUGCUUAUGCACAUCCAACAACAUUAACAUUUAUUUGGAGUUAUGUUUCCUGCCACCUAAUGAAUUUAAAGUCCAAUAUUCACUCUCCUUUAGCUCUGUUUUGGUCUGCUAAAUGCUCCACUCUGCUCCCCAGCUAGAUGCUAAGUAUGUCUGUCUGCUGUAGUGUACAGUGGGUUUUUAGAGCAGAGGAGAACUGCAGAGUUGUCUGAUAAUUCAGGGCUCAUGUUACUAAUAGUCAUUGUUAAGAUAAGUUUGAUUCCUGCAGCUUUAAGUGAAUAUUUAAGGUAAUCAUUAAAUAAUACACUGUUCAUGGUUUAUUUCUGUACGUUGGGUUUAAUUUAAUCAAGAAUGUGACAAAAUAUUUUUCGAGCUGACUGAUAGUGACAAAUACACUUGAGAUGUAGAAUGAGAGUAUGGAAUAUAUUAAAUUGCUGAUGUUCCUGAAUGAAAUUGUAAAACUAUAUGUGUUACACAAUGAUAGCAACAAUGUAAGAUUAGCCCUAGAAAUACCAUCAUGCCUUUAUUAAAGUAAUUCUACAAUUGUCCUCAUUCACUCACCACCAAUGAUCUAGAGACCAAAAUCCCCAAAUGUGAUCUGUGGUCAAGAAGACAAAAUGGAUGAAACCAUUUUUAUUAGCUGUACAUUGUGAAAAUAAAAGAAAUUUGUAAAAAUAAAAACAAAAAAAACCCA